AUGGAAGUUGAACGGAAUGCCUCGCUUCCUUUCAUCGGUGUUGAACUGUUAAACUUAGCUCCCAGAAUCAAGACCAAGGUCUACGUAAAUCCAACUAAUACGGGCCUUUUACUCCACUACCAGAGCCACGUGGAUAAUCGGUACAAGCGCAGUCUAAUUACCACCAUGUUAGUUCGAGCUUACCGCAUAUCUUCCGACUGGUCGUACUUCUCACAAGAAUGCGAUCGGCUUGAGACUGUAUUCCUAAAGCUUAAGUACCCGAGGCACCUAUUCAAUCCGGCUGUCAAACAAUUCGUAGAUUCCAAGGUAGCAGAUCAGCAGCAAAUUCCAUCAACCGACACGACUCCAGCCCCCAUCCGAGUUGUCAUACCAUUUAAAGAUCAGGUCUCUGCUAAUAUAGUGAGAAAACGUCUCACAGACCUCAGCUUAAAAAUCAAGACCACUAUUCAGCCCGUGUUCAUCAGCAGAAAACUCAAAGAAGACCUUAAAUUUCGAGAAGACAAGCCAGCCAUUGCUAACCAACAAUGUUUAGUUUAUCAAUUUCAAUGUAACCUGUGCGAUGCAGGAUAUGUUGGUUAUACUCGCGGCCACCUCCACGAACGCGUUAAUGGACACAAACAGAAAUCGUCGUCAAUUUGUAAACAUUAUCUUAGCUAA